GUCAAGGUAGGUGCAUUUUACGAAGCAACGAUGCUUAUGUAUCUGCUUUUGUUUAUUCAAUAUAUGAUUACGAGUCAUGCGGAUCGCAUUACUCUAAAUGCUCUACCUUCGGUAUUUCCAAAAAAUGGAUCCAAAUUGCAUCUGAUUUGUCAGCUUCACGAAAAAAAUAGAUUUAACAUUAUGUGGAAACGAGACGGCAAAAAUGUGGGGGAAAACUGCAUUGCUUACAAAACCAUUAAUGCUGCCAGGCAAAAUUGCUACAGUAAUGAAACUGUAAUUGAGUGGAUAAUUGAUCCAGUUGUCUACGACAUUCGAGGUCGGUGGUCAUGUUCUCACGGGAAAGAUAUUGCGUCUAUCGAUAUUGAAGUUAAUGUUCCCCAGAAGUUACAUCCACUGAAGAUUGAAUCGCUUCAAAACAGAAAUCAACCUGCUUCCGAUGCCAUUUUGAGUCCUGUUUCGAUAGAAGAAUAUCCUCUUGCAGCUGGAACACAAUCCCAUCCGUUUGAUCUUACUAAAAGCCAACCAUAUGGAGUUAGGAGUAUUGUUUUCGAGUGUUCUUCAUUUUGUGCUUCUGAAACACGUCAGCUUGUAUGGACUUCCUUUAAUGGUACUAUGUUCCGAAAAUAUCCAUUAAAACGAACUUCUUACGAAGAAGGGGCUAACUGUCCAGGAGAUCUGACUUCUGCCAGAAGUAGAGCUCUCAUCACUUGUAGAUAUGGUAAUCAACAGUCAAGCAAAUGGGAAACUGAAUCACCAGUUUCUGUUGAUUUAAAGCUCUCUUUAGUUGGUUUGAACAUCGUCUACUGCUCUACCGAUCAGCCAGCCCGCAUCUCUAACAAUGGAGAUUAUGCCUGCACAAAUGGAUUCCUCAACGAUAGCUCUAAUACUGCAUGUGCUUACGUUCUUUGCGAUGGUAAGUAG